AAUAAAACGCUUGGGAGCUGAAUUUUAUCUAUUCUUAUGGCUCGUGUUCUUAUCUGCAGGUUAGACUGUAGUUGCGGUUCAUGGCCGGGGGCAUUGGCUGCUCUGGACGUUUAACCGUUUCAGCGGGUAAAUUGCCUUAGUUCAACGGAGACGCCGCUGAGAAUGGAAACGAACCCGCUAUUGGCCGUAUCCGCUCCAUACUAGUACAACUUGAACGAAGAGAUCCCGAGCGUCCGCCGUAAAGGAGGCGGAAACCCGCACCAUCUCUACUGCCGAAAAGGAGAAACGCGUGGGUACCCAGGCCGACCCCUCAUCGAUUGAACCACUGCAGUAGUACCUUACCUUACAGAACGAGAAUAUUAGUGCAAAUGUUCAGCCUCAAGAUGAACAGGAAUCAGGUAGACUCAACCUGAAGGUCGCACGAGCCGCUGCCAACUCGAAACUUGAAAGUCUGAAAGAUGGCCAUCAAAGUUGGGAUUGUCGGCUACGGCUUCUCAACGAAAUGUUUCCAUCUACCAUACAUUCUCCCAAACCCGGAUCUCGAAGUCUACGCCUUCUUGCAACGCGCAGCCCCGCCGGUUGACGCGUCGCAAAUGCCACGAUGGGGGCACUGCACCAUUGACUUUCCCAAGGCCAAGCACUACAUGACUGCGGACGAGUUCUUCGCAGACGAGUCGAUUGAGCUUGUUAUUGUUUGCACCCAUAUUCAUGAAGAGUUCAUUGAGAAGGCUCUCCUCGCAGGGAAGCAUGUCGCCGUUGAAAAGCCGUUUGUCACUAGCAGUGCCGAAGCCGACAGGCUCAUUGCUUUGGCCAAGGAAAAGGGGAAGAUCCUGACCGUGUUCCACAAUCGGAGAUUCGACAGCGACUUCCUCACGUUAGAGCAUCUCGUCAAGCAGGGGGCGCUCGGCGAUGUUCUCGAAGCUGAGAUUCACUUUGACUAUCCUUCGCCUAACUGGAUUGCCGGAUGGACGGGGAAAGAAUACCAUGCUGGAGAAGGCAUGCUUUUUGCGCUCGGAACCCAUACCAUUGACCAAGCUCUGCACCUGUUUGGACGUCCAGCCUCGGUCACAGCAUUCCUCCGCUCCAAUCGAGGCGUGGAUAGUGAGGUCGAUGACACCUUUACCGUCAUAUUGCAGUAUUCCGGAGAACAAAAGAAUCUUCUAGUGACGAUCAAGACGGCGAUUGUCACGCACAUGAAAGAUCAACUGAGAUUCUUUGUCCGGGGGAGCCGGGGGACAUACUUGAAGUUCGGCACUUGCCCACAGGAGAGCCAGGCGAUCGCCGCCCCGGGAAAGCCAGCAACAAGCCCAGACUAUGGUCUCGAACCGGAACGCAUAUGGGGUACCCUAACCACCACAACCGAGUUCGACCCCGCUUGCCAGAAGUUUGACGAAGCCAGUCGGACGUACAUCGGCAAGUAUCCCAGCACCCGCGGGUGGUACAGGGGGUAUUAUGAGAACCUGUCAGCGGCACUUCUCGGAAAAGAAGAGGUCUAUGUUAAACCCGAUACGGCAAGAGACGGCUUGAGAAUCAUUGAGCUAGCCAGAGAGUCGCAUGAGCAAGGCCGCACCGUCGCCUGGUCCUAGUUGGCUCCCCCACCCGGGAUACAACGACGAAGC